GGGGGCCCACAGCAGGGCCAUCCCUAGUUUGGGCCGUCCGGCCUAGGCUGGGCCGGCGCUGGCUCCUGAUCUGGCGGGGUGGGGUCCAGCCCGGCCCGUUUGCACCGCCAAACCCUAGCCAACGAACGGGAUAAAACGAACGCCCAACAGCCCUAUUUAAAGUACGCCUUCCAAUUGUUGCCGCCUUUAGGUCUCUCUGCUUCACGUCUGCUGGUGCUUUGGAGAGAGGAGUACGGAGGUUGAGAGAGAGAGAGAGAGAGAGAGAGAGAGAGAGAGAGCGAGAUUGACGUUUAGGGUUUUGGGUUGCGACAGUUUUGCUUGACUGAAAUGGAAGACAUUACUGAGGGAGUGAAUAACUUGAACAUUAUGGAUUCUCAGAAGAAGAACCGUAUUCAGGUCUCUAAUACCAAGAAACCCCUCUUCUUCUAUGUUAAUCUUGCCAAGAGGUACAUGCAGCAGCACACUGAGGUGGAGCUGUCAGCUCUCGGAAUGGCUAUUGCCACAGUUGUCACCAUUGCAGAAAUUCUGAAAAACAAUGGGCUGGCUAUUGAGAAGAAAAUCAUUACAUCUACUGUUGACAUGAGGGAUGAAGCUAGAGGAAGACCUGUCCAAAAAGCCAAGAUUGAGAUCUUACUUGGGAAGACGGCAAAUUUUGACGAGUUGAUGGCCUCUGCGGCAGAGGGGAGAGAGAAUGGAGAUGUUGAGGAGCAGAGCUGAAGGGAGAAAUGUGCUUGGUUUGAGUUUGUUAGCUUUAACAGACAUGCUGCAACUGGUUAUUGAUUUGUCAUCAGAGAGCUUUCGUUGUUGUGAUGGGUGUCAAAGUCCUGACCUCGUAGUGACUAAUAUGAGCCCAGAAGCUUAUAGAUUCCCACCACCACCCCCCAGUUUUUGUUGCUAAUGUAGAAACAUUGUCAUUCCUAGAUUGAAUAUAAUAUUCUUUUUCUUUCA